UUUAGUUUUGCUUCCCAGGGGAUCGCAGAGCAAUGGGUCCAAUCGAAAUAAUUUUUAUUUUUGCCGGGUUUCUCGGCUUGUUGAUUUAUGUGUUUUUAAUUUAUAAUUUCAAUUAUUGGAAGAAACGUGGCGUCGAAGGUCCACAACCCAGACUACUAUUCGGAAAUUUUCCUAGCAUGCUCACUCAAUCGCGCCACAUUAUUUACGAUGUGAACGAUAUUUACCGUGAAUACAAAUCGAAGGAACGAUUCGUGGGUGUAUUCGCUCUACGGACUCCCCAGCUUGUAGUGCUCGAUCCAAAACUAUGUCAAGAAAUACUAGUCUCAAACUUCCAAAGCUUCCACGAUAAUCAGUUUGCCAGAAUGAUUCACAAAGAUCUUGAUCCAGUAAUAGCUCUUAAUCCAUUUAUUCUUACUGGGUCCGAAUGGAAAGAUAAACGUGCAGAAAUUACCCCAGCCUUAACACCUAACAGAAUUAAAGCCAGUUACCCAAUAAUGCAAAAAGUCUGCACAAGGAUGACGGAAUAUUUAGAUGUGGAAACGCUGAAACCUGUAGAAAGUGGAUUGAACGCAAAAGAGCUGGCAACAAAAUUUACUACUGAAGUUGUAGCGAAUUGUGUUUAUGGUUUCGAAGCCGAGGCGUUUGAAGAUGAUGAAUGCCAGAUCCGAGAAAGGGGAACGAAACUUAUCAAUCAAUCAUUUGGAACCCAACUUUACUUUGUACUCGCGGCAUUCCUUCCUAAUAUAACGAACAUUUAUAGACUGCAAUUGGUUAAACCUGAAAGCGAAAAGUUUUUCACUGAUCUAAUGGAAACGGCGAUUCAAUUAAGGAAGGAAACCAAAAGUGAUCGAAUUGAUUUUCUUAACUAUCUACUUCAGUUGCAGGAGAAAAAGCAUUUGUCUACUUUAGAAAUGGCUGCGCACACAAUGACAUUUUUUCUAGAUGGCUUCGAGACCUCGAGUGUUUUAAUAUCGAACUGUUUACAUUUGUUAGCAGAUCAUCGUGAUAUUCAGCAAAAACUUCGGGACGAGAUAAAUUAUGCAUUUACUUCCAAAGGAGGUCUCUCGUAUGAAAAACUUCUCGAUCUAUCUUAUUUAGACCAGUGUAUUAACGAAACACUUCGUCUUCGAACACCGUUUCCAAGUGGCAAUAAGCUAUGCACUGAAAGCUGUGAAAUCAGGACUAAUAAAGGCAAAAUUAUCAACCUAGAGAAGAGCACAGUAGUUAUGUUGCCAUAUGACUGUUUCCAUCACGAUCCUGAAUACUACCCCGACCCGGAGAGGUUCGAUCCAGAGCGCUUUAGUCCCGAAAACGGAGGAGUGAAAAAGUAUAAAGAUAUGGGCGUUUUCCUGCCAUUUGGCGAUGGACCGCGAAUUUGUUUAGGUAUGAAAUUUGCUUUGUGUCAAUCGAAAGCUGCUGUUGCUGAGAUUAUCCGAAAUUGGGAAAUAGCAGUGAAUCCUCAAACAAAACCUGAAUUCGUUAUUGAUCCAAAACAGUUUCUAUACGUCCCAGAAGGAGGUACUUGGUUAAACUUUCGACGUAUCACUAGUUAAAAGUCUAUCAUAAAACGGGCACAGACUUAAACAUGACGAUAUUCUCAUCAAAUCUGUGGAGAACAUAGAAGUGGUUCACAUAAAUUACCAUAUUCGGCAUUUUCAAAAUACAGCAACUAUUUCCAUUCU